AGUCUAAUCAAUGUAAGUAUAAAAUCUUCAAGCUAUAUUGUUUCCUCAUCAUUCUGAUGUCGAAAUACACGUACACCCACCUAGUACAUCAACAAGCAGGCUUGCGCGGAUGAUUCAUUCUUGCAUGUAUCGUCAAGAAUCAUAAUCAUCAGUAGAUGAAGAUGAUGAAGUAGAGGAAUAAGUAUCAACAUUUAAUCUUAUUCAUGCUCACGCGUACGAGAGGUCGACAAGCUCACUGUCAGUAAAAAAAUGAGACUCGAUCACGUUGACAGUGUCGUGGCAAACUCCUUUGUCCACGGACGCGGUCGUCGCGAUGUUGAGCUCGGGACCUAUGGCAACGAGGUUCUUAGCACCUCCUCUAACAUUUAUAGCCCUUCAGUUUCAAACGACGGGUAUACAACUAACGGCGAAUACGCUACUGCUGGUGUACCUUCGAGCAGAAGUCCCAGACUGCACUACCGGAGAAGCGGGACAAGACGAACGGAGUUGGGAGCCACCCCUUUGGGAACAACCUUGCACUCCACCAGCUUCCUCGGGUAUGGACUCGCCGUCGCAUUGAAGGUUCCAAGACUGUAUGCGGCUAUCAUGCGAGGUGCCAAGAAGGUUCUUUGCUCUGGCGGCGGCGAGUAUGUCAAAUGCACGCUGAACAAGUUCGGUACGGAGGUGGAGAAGUGCGAGGGAUGGUACUCGAUUUCCUUUUGUUCUUGUUCAUAAUUCAAUUAUUGUGUUCUUACAAAUUCAGAAUACGGUCAUCACCAUUCUUAAAGAAGAACACUGUUUUGCAUUUUUGCUAGAGGACUUCUAUUUUCGUCAAACCUCGUCCUCGUCCUGUUUGAAAAGUCAACAUUGAAGAUAAUACUCCACCACUCCUUCCGCUACCGCCAGACUUCCACUUUACUAAAUCUUUAUGAUUGUACGUCGUCGACUCGAGCUCGACUGUGGUCGACUCGAGCCCGACCGUGGUCGACUCGAGCUCGACCGUGAUCAACGAGAUGAAUCAACUAGUAAAACUACCCAUAGAAGUUGAUGUGAAUACAUUGAAUCUUUCCAGGUGUGGCAUUAUGGGUUUGAUGUGGUUCAAAACGCGGUACAGGAGUCGCUGUCAAUUUCAUGAUGCCAUCACGUAUCCGUGGAGUGCGCACCGCGGUCCGACAUAUGGCAACGAUCCCGUCUACCGACAAGUUCGUCGUCAAGUUUGCUGCAGUCACCAGUGCUGGGAUAUUGAUGAUUGGCGCCUGACACUUGCCAGCUUGUCGUCCGGGUGCGCAGGAACUACUCCUGAAAUAAGCGCGGGCGUUGCACUCAUAAGCAGCUGUGGCCUUUCAUCGUUCCUGCAGAUUAUUCCCACGACUACAACUACAACUCAUGAUCAAGAUCAUGAUAAGGCUACUCCACGACAUCGGCAGGCCACCAUCUUGGUAUCCCAAGAAGAUGCUGAGGACGAGGUGGAACAAGAGGAUGACGUACAUCAAAUUCAAAACCAUCGUGUUCGUCAGCACGCGCAAAAUUUCAUCUGAAGACAUCGCGGGAUUCGUCUGCUGCAUGAAGUCAGUUUCGCUCGUCGUAAUCGUCGCGGAAUUCAAACCCAACAUAAUCUCAGACGCGACUUGCACACCUAAAUAAACAAUUUCAAUACUUGACUUAUGGGUGUAGGGAAUCCAUCUCCAAAGUCAUCUGGAAGAAAAACACAAGGGGAAAAAGAGACCCAGAUGAUCUCUGGGAUGGAUUCCCGAUACCUCUAAUUGACGAAGCAACAACGCCGCGUGGUUGAAUCCUGACACGACUGUUCUCAUGUGCGCAAUCGCGGGGCGCGCGCCAACAUAGAGAUAACCGCAAGCAGGCGACACUCAUCGCGAAAGGACCGAGUGUUAGUGUGCACUGGUUACAGGAGACUGUGUUCGACGACACAUCAGGCUAUGGAUACGUCUCACGACGGGAUGUUAUUUCUCACGUUAAGAAGCGAAAGCGUACUUCAAGAAGGAGAACGCUGCGGGCGCAGGCGUAGACACGUCAUCAAAGGGCGUCGGCAACUUCCUCAUCUUGAAAAAUCUUAUCUUGGUCUUUGUUCUGCUUCUGGAGCCGGAGAUGAGUACUAGAACGGCUUUGAGGAGCGACGUCGCGCCUUAUUUGUUGCACAAGCCACAAGAUUGAUAUGAAUAGAAAAUUGAAAUUAUGUAAAGCUAGGAAAUGAGAAAAGCCUACACCCGCUUGUACUUGGAGUUUUAAUUUUACUUUUAGUAUCUAGAAAUAUCAAAGCACCAUUUUUGUGAACAAUAUACAAACUGGAGACUUAACCCCCGGGGAUCCUAAAUCUACUGGUGAGUUAUACUUUUUAGUGCUGUGGCAGCACGGUAGGCUGGCUCGGCAGACCCAGGUCUUUGCCGGCGCCGGUCGUUGCACCUACGGCCCAUAAAUUUGCCACGGAGCGUGGCGGGAGGCCUUUACCUCCCCAGAGAGAGUUGCACACCAACGUCCGGGUGUCGUAACCCCUCUCGCGGCUCGGCCGGUGUUCGUGCACCGUCGCCCUACGAGUCAAUCAACCGGCACCCGCGAGGUUUCGGGUGCUCGCUCUUCGCGUCGGACGCUUUGGUCCGGGGCGCUUUGGCCCGGGUGCGCGGCUAAUCCCUCGGCAGUAGCAGGCGUUGUCCCCCCGCUGGGGGACAAGGUCACUUUGAACCUCCAGCCCUUUGGGCCAUCCUUUCUCGACGCCUCCUUGGUGCGCCUUCCAUCCUUUUCCCGACGACUGGAGGUUCAGAACCGCCAGGUGCGUACGUUUUUUGUACCCGGUACUGCUUUGAGUGCCCCUGAGCCGCUGCUACUGGCGCUCUUUGGCGCUAGGGCCGUCACCUUUUUGGUAACGGUAUUCUGUUGAAUCCGCCCUUUCUUCUGUAGCUUCUGCUUGGGGGUGAUCUUGAUCGUCCGCUUGACCAAGGUGUCCUCUUGGACCGCCUUGGGCUGCACGAAGACGCGCGGGGGUGGACCCCCCCCCGAGGGCCACCGCCUGCGCAAUCCGUGCAGCGGGAUGAAUUCCGAAGCCUCCCACGUUUUGUGGUCGGCUGUGUACUCGUCCCACAUUUUGCUGGACUGUUCCCAGCCCAUGUGGGUGAGGAAUUCAUCCUCCUUCACGGAGAUUUUCCCUUGCUCCCACUCGCGUCGCGUUGCCAAUGCGAGUCCUCUCCUGCAGCUGUGCAGCGUGCCGCUAAUUCCCUUCGCCAAGCUACUUAUCCUGGCCUUGCCUAAUGGGAAAUCAGAUCUCAUAACAGCGCCUUCGCCGUGCAUCGGGCAAAAGCGACUUCGUGCACCAGCUGUUUUUGCGUUGGUGUCGCAAUUGCAGUGGAUUUCUAUUAUCCUACCGCGUUGUUUGCGGAUUUUGUCUUCGGAUAUGUGGAUGCGCCACACGUCUCCUUUUUUGGAGAUGUCCGUGUCGUCCACCGCCGCGAUGCUGUCGCCCCGCAAUCCCGAUAGCGCCCAAAGGAGGACCAUUUUUUGGUCUUUUGCCUUUAGCGCCUCGAGCUUCGUACCCGGUAGGAAAGGCUUUGCUUUCCUCGGGUUGUGGUCUUGGAUUGUUCGUUCAAUUGCCUUUUCCACGUCCCCGAUGUUUCGGAGAAUGGCGGGGCUUUCGACUAGCCGCUGCGGGCCAUCCGCGGGUGGCGGUUCUACCAGCCACAUGAUGAUGCUGGAUGUGUACUGCGCGACUGAGGUGUAUUCAUUGAACACUAGGAAGGCGGCGAAUCUUUGCACCGCCUCCGGCCUCACGGGUAGCUUUUCACCCUUGGCCGCUAGCCAGUCGAGGAAGAAGGCGACUCGCGACUUUUUGUUUCUAGUCGUGGAGUCGGCUUCUCCCAUGGCGCGCAGCUCGUCGUCGUUUAGAUCGACAGCUUUGCGCAGUGCGUCCGCCCGCUUCGACAUUUAUUUAAUGUUACUUUUUUAUUUAUCUCUCGCUGUUGUUCCCUCUAACGUUCUUUUUAGUUUUUAUUUAGUUAGUUUGUUCUCUCGUCCUUACUUACUUUUUUGUCUAGGCUGGUUCGUGCGGCUGCUUAGGCGAACCUCCACCAUGGAUCUUGGCCUCCUGCCGUAUCUCAUGAAGUGGUCUCCCCAGCCUAGCUUCUUUACUUACUCGUAACUCCUUCCCACUCUGUUUUCCCUCUUUUUAGCUUGACGAGAUGUAACACGUCACUCCCUCGAACACUGCGCCGCCGCCGCCGCGUUUUCCCUUUCGGCCACCAGUCGUCACUGGUGGUUUGAUUUGUUUCCUCCCUCUCAACUAGAGUGUUUUUUACUCUGUCAAAAAGGACGAAUUUAUUGUUCCGCCACUAACUUAAUAAUGGUCCGGUGCCCCUGGUAAUUUGACCAGAGGGCUUAUGGCGAAUGCUUUUGCAUUCUGUUUUUCGAGGAUUUGUUGUCCUCGAGGCCGGUAGCCUUUUUCUUCCAGCUAGUCGCGUUCUAGCUUGUGCGUGGCUCCUUCCACCACACCGCGAGGGAGCGUUUGCUCCCAACGUGCUCCUUCACGUCUCUCCCCAGGAGGAUUUUUCCCUCCAUCACUCUCGAUUUAUCGGCGUCGAUCGCGUGAGCGGCUGUUUUUGCGCUCGUUCGAUCGCUUCGAUUUGUUGCGGCCACGAUUGUCUUUUUCGCGACUGUCGUUGCGAUGCCGUUGUCCCAGCGGAACCGCGUUUGCGUCGCUUCGCUGGGGUCCUUUCGGUUGGCGGCGUGUUCGGCCGUUUUUGGCCUUCAUCGCCUUCAUCGGCUGGACUUUCGGUUUUACGAAGUCUUUCGGGUGGCGGAUUGCUUCCUUGUCCUUCGCUGCCGCUCGUUUUGCCGCUGUGCCGGUUGGCUGCUGGUUGAUGUUUCGCCCUGCCAACCGGGCCGAGAAGAGGACUUCGGCCAGCUCUUUUUGCGAGCGGAUCACUUCUGCCCACGUUCUCUUGGCGAUAGUGAUGUCUGGGGGAGGACGGUUGCGGUCGAUGAGGUGGUGGUGUGUGCAUUCCAGGUGUUGAGCGUCGUUGCGACAGCCUGACUGCACCGCAUGCGCUUUGUGCGCGUGGAACCAGUGGCAUACCGCCGGCGGAAGCAUGAGUCCCAUAUUUUUCAGGGACUUCAAUGCGGACGGCUCCACUAAGCCGGUUUGAGGGAAGUACACGUAGUAUGUGGUGCGUGUUCCUCCCUUCGCGUUUCGGCGCUCGGCUAGCACCACGUCGACACGUUUGUCGAGGCGGCGGUUGUGGACUGGGUCCAUGGCCGGGUUGAAAUCUGUUUUUUCCAGAUCCAAACUCUCCAACCAAGUGUCGCUCGGCAUGGUUGUGCCCGUGUCGUCGUCCCCGCCGCUGUCGGCGUCGCUGCCGAACGGGUUUUGCGGGCCUUCGCUCGCCGAUCGCUCUCGCGAUUCGCUGCGGCGGCGGCUGUGGCUACGAGAGCGCAGUGUGACUGUCACACGUUCGCUUCUCGGCUUGCCUAAGCUCGCCUCGGCGUCUCGCAUGGAGAACAUUUCAUUUUUGAUUUCCUCCAUGUUCUCCUUGAAGAACGCUUUUUGGACGGGCGGUUUGAUUUUUCCCCCGUCUUCCUCGUCCGUGUAGCGCGCCUCGUCGAUGAGGUGGAGACCGAAGUGGUUGUACCAGGCCAGCAGGUUGAACAUGUAUCUGUUCACCAGCCCGGUCUCCCAGCGCUUCAUCUUCUGCUGGAGCGCGUCGAGGCUGCGGGAGCCUUCCUUCAUGAAUCCCAAGAACACCAUCAUUUUUUUGAUGGCGAUUUCUGGGAAGUUCUCGUUGAACUCGGUCAUGAAGUCGAAGGGCUGCAGGUCGGUGGCGCCGUUGAUGGCGCUUUCCACGCGGCGCAGCGUCUCCCAGCACUGGUCCAGGUUGCAUCUGUCCCAGUAGUCAGCCGGGACGCUGGCGACGACCUGUUUCCGGACCAGGUUCUGGAACGCGCUGUUUGUGCGCUGCAGGUUGUCUCCGUUAAAGCCUGCGAUGGCGCAGUUUGAGACCUUGGGUUGGUUUUUUCCCACCUGGGCUUCGCCCCAGAUGCCUGCGGCCGCGUAUGCUCCGAAGAGCAGCGCCAGCGCCUUUUGGUUGAGGCGUUGGCCUGCCGUCGUGUUCAGGACGCUGUUUUCGUCCACGUCGAAAACGGAGCGGAGGCCGUGCUUUUCCACGUGUUUUAAUAACGCGGUGAGCACGUGGUUCGCCUGCUUAGAGGCUUUUUCUCCGUUCGUGAAGAAGCAGUUUUUAUACUGCUCCUGUGCGUCUGCGACUUCCUCGCCCGGAGUUAAGACGGAAGGCCAGACGACUUUCACCUCUGUUUUCUUCUCGACGCCGUUUACGCGUCGGUAGACGAAGAAUUUUUCUCCUUCGCUAGCCGGGCGCGUGUCGUCAUAGGAGAGGAUUUUGUCCUCUCCGCUGCUGUUCAAAGCCGUUGCGAUGGCCUUUGCGGUCUUCUUCGCGAACGUUUUGAACAGAGCUGCCGUCUCCGGCGGCUCCUCGGAGGACUCUUCGCUUUUGUCGGCGAAGUCCACGGAGUCCUCCUCCUCUUUCUUUUUGGCUUCGAGCUCCGCCUUGCGCUGCUUCUCCUCUUCUUCGAGGAGCUUUCGGUCCUCCUCCUCGUGCGCCUUGCGGACCGACGUCCACGGCGUCUUGGCCGGCUUCGCGUCCCAGUCGUUGAGCACCUCUUUGUUGGUGCGCUCGAUCAGGUAGCGGACUAUCACCUCCUUUUUGGCGGUCUGCGCCGGGACUUCCGCCAGGUUCAGCUGCGGGUUUUCCUCCCGAAACUUUCGUUUUUCGGCGAGCUUCGCGCCGGCUUCAAAAGUCUCUUUUUUAAUCAGAGACUUCGAGGCCCAGGGUUCGGCCGUUAGUUCCUCGUGGUAUGCGCCCAACCACAAGUGGAACCACAUCAAGGUGGUGCCCUGUUCGGUUAGGGUUCCACCUUCCCCCACGAAGCGCGGGUCCUCCAGGUCUUUUUUGACCGUGUCGAUGAAUUCCGUUUCCGGAAGUUCACCGACCAUCUGUCGGAGUGCUGCAAUCCAGUCCUGGAUGUUUGCGCAGAAGAUGAGUUUAUCCUCAUACUGCGUCUUCUCCUCCAGCUGCUUUUGCAGCGCCUCCAUGGCCUCCGCCAUGGAGGGGUGAAACAGUGAUCCGUCGAUCAGUUUCAGAAGGGCUUUGCCCUUCUCGUCGACGUCCUCGCUCCCCACAGGAUUUUUGCCUGUGUGGAUGACGAGGUCUCCGACGCUUUUCAGGGAGGUCAUUUUGUUUUUUGUUUUGCUGAAAACCAGAGUGCGGGGGCACUACUAGUCACUAGUUUCUAGAUUGCGAUUAUACGCGCACAGAAAGUCCCUGGAUUUUUGGGAAAAAGAAAAGUUUUUUGACCUGCCCAAGCUAGCUUUCAGCUUGAGGUUACGAAAAUGUGCUGCCACAAGCGCCAAACCCUCGCGGCGAUUUUUGCCCCGCGAGGGGAUGGCGCGCCGCGCGCGCGGCGGAACUCGAUUUUUACGAGCUCCCCAGCACCCCCCACUGGGCGCCACGCGCCUGCCCACCGCACCGCCGGAGGGCGCGUUGGCCCUCCCGCGGCCUACGCACGAGCGCUUUGGCCCGUGCGCCGGCAGCCCGCUCCGCUCCGCUCCGCUCUGCUCCGCUCUGCAUGUGAACUCCGCCCCGUGGGUGUAGCAUUAACGCUCUCACCCGACCGCACCCGAGCCUCCGCGGAGGCGCGAACCGUGGUUCGCCUUCGCCGAGAUGCGCCAUUGCAUCGACCGGCGGCGUCGCGCGUGAGUGCAUUUUUUGCACCGCACACGACGGGGUUCGCGGGGCCCGUUGCCCCCAACCCUCUCCCUAGUUGGUCCCUCAGCCGACAUUUUUUGUCGACUGUCGUCCAGGAACCUUCCAGAGAGCGUAUCUUUUCUCUCACCUAAGUUAACUCACCAGUUAGUAUAAUCACUUCCCCCGCAAGCUCCUCCAGUGCAUAAAUAUCAUGUUCAAGAAAAAACCCGAUGAACAAGUCCGAAUAAGUACUAUCUAAGCCUCAUGAUGGGACAGUAACAAUGUUUCCUUUUCAUCACCUGCCGACCGUCUAGCUUUUACCGACUUUGCUUGUAUCCUCACGAGCAGCUUGUCCUUUUCGCAGGUCGUGGAUG